AUGUCUGACAAUACUGAGCCCGCAAUCUCUCAGGAACUUAAAGCUUGGCUGGUCUCAACAAUUGCCGAAUCCAUCUCCAAGGCAUCUUCCAUGAAACAACUUCUGACGAAAACAAUCCCAUCACACAUUUACCCUCUGGCUCAGAGAACUCUCAGCCCUCAGAGCAGGAAGUCACACGUAAGCGCCUUUGGAAAGAGAAUAGUGUGUCUGCGGGCAAGGGCAAGGCUCCUGCCAAGUCUCAAAAAUUAACUGUCACUCACCCCGCCCAAACUAUCUUUGACCCCUUGGAGGGUUCUACAUCUCAUAGGGGCGAUGAGAUUGAAGAUUACUACCUUGGCUACUCUGAUGAGGACCCCUCGGCGAAUGCGCUAGGGGAUACUCCAUCGGAAUUUGUCAAGGAGACAUUCAUUACACAAAAGGACACAGAUGCAAACGUACCUAUGCAGAAGGUACCAGACUCAGACAUCCUUCUGGAUGCUUCGGGUGUCCCUUUUUUCGUCCCCAAGGUCAUUAGGCAUCCACGGUCGGCCGAAUGGGCCCCACCGGACCAUAUUUCUAGCUUCUGCAAGAUGUGGUUACGUAAGCCACUUGAAAAAGAAAUCAGUGCGAAACUCAGAGCCGAGUGCCCUCGGCCAACCAUUCCAAACAAGGUGGCUCUCACGCCAGAGUUUGACCCACUAUUUGUGACCUUCCUCACUAAGACGGGGAAAGAUCCUCGCAAGGGCAUUGAGCAGGGUCUUAAGACAGCCCAGGAUAAACUCCUGGACAUUGCUGGCCCAUAAUUCAAAUUUUCAUACUAGCUGACGAAGCCAUAACUAGUGGGGAGUUUGACCCAAACACAGUCAGAGAAUGGGCCCAGAGAGCCUUAUGUUUCCUGGGCAACGCAAAUGUGGCUAUUUCCACUGAGAGACGCAGGGCGGCACUAUACAAGCUGGAUGCUAAAUUAGCCGAUCUGAGCUCCCGAGAACUGGGACCAGAGGCCAAUGGAUUGCUGUUUGGAGACUCGUUUAUGAGGGAUCUCUCCAAACAUGUAGCGGUAUUCACUACCCUAAAUAAGGCCCAAUCCUCCUUGCGCAGGGUUUUUCGUUCCCAGUCAGGUCGCUUUUCUGGGAGAGUUGGACGUUAUAGAGGCCAAACGAACAGCAGAGUUGCCUUCACAGGCUACAGGCCUCACCCGUCAGAGAAUUAUUGGCACUCGGGACAAUCCCGACCCUACCACAGGCAGGUAUUCACCAAUAGAGGAUCUAUCCGGGGACGUGGAUCUGCCUCCUUACGUUGAUGCACUGCUCCAGGUAAUAAACCUUCCUUUUUUCAAUGUACCUAUAGCAAGUCAACUAACCCAUUUUUUCCAACAGUGGGAACUGCUUUCACAGGAUCUAUGGGUCCUACACACAGUCCAAGGGUUCAAAAUAGAUUUCCUUUCCACUCCCUUCCAGGACACACCACCUACACCACUACGGAUGUCUGCAUCAGACAACCUGACACUACAAACAGAAUUGCACAAACUAGUAAAAAAAGGGGCGAUAGAAAAAUCCCCUUUCCCACAUACCUUUCUCAGCAACAUUUUUCUGGUCAACAAAAAAACUGGAGACCUAUGGACCAAUUAUCAAUUUGAAAGACCUGAAUCACUUUGUCAGAUAUCAUCAUUUCAAGAUGGAGGACAUCCAUCUGCUCAGGGACCUCCUUUGCGUGGGAGAUUGGUUGUCCAGAUUCGAUCUCAAAGACGCAUAUCUCACACUCCCUGUUGCUCCCAACCAUCAAGCUUUUCUUCAAUUUCUCUGGCAAGAGGAAAUUUGGCAGUUCACAUGUCUCCCGUUCGGUCUAUGCUCCUCAUCAUAGUGUUUCACAAAACUGAUGAAACCUGUGAUGGCUUUACUCCGAUCACAGGGGAUUCGGUCCAUUAUAUAUUUGGACGACAUCCUAAUAAUGGCUCAAGACUCAGACCUUUUACGCCAACACACGGACAUGAUGAUGGUCUUGCCACAAAACCUAGGUUUUGUAAUCAAUUUUCAGAAAUCGGCCCUGAAACCUUCUCAGAAGGUUCAGUUUCUCGGAUUUCUGAUAGAUUCCGUACAGGCCAUUUUGCAACUACCCUCUGCAAAAGUCAAAAACAUAAAAAAAGACAUUCGCAAAUUGUUAUCAGCCCACCAGAUUCGCCUACGCGAUCUAGCCCAUACCAUAGGCCUACUGUCCGCCUCUAUCCAAGCCAUUUACCCGGGACCUUUACAUUAUCGAGCCAUGCAACGGCUCAAGACAUACUACCUACACCGUUCCACCUCCUACGAUCAGUACAUCUAUCUAACAGACGAAGUUCGUAUAGAACUUCACUGGUGGCUUCACAACAUGGAAGCCUGGAAUGGCAAAGCCAUCUUCAGAUCGCAACCAGACUUCAUUCUGGAAUCCGAUGCCAGUCUCCUGGGGUGGGGCUCUACCUGCUCUGAACGGUCCACCGGGAGACUAUGGUCCCCCUGCGAACAAGCACUGCACAUCAAUUGCCUAGAAUUGAUUGCAGGAUCUUUUGCGAUUCACAGUUUCGCAAAAGAUUGUUUCAAUUGCUUACAAGUACUGGGCAUGGACAACGUUUCUGCAGUACGUUAUGUGAAUCGGUUAGGAGGUUCCUGAUCCAAAUUACUGUCCGACCUUACCAAAGAACUCUACCAAUUGUGCCUAGAGCGGAAUUCAUCCAUCAGAGCGGAAUAUCUUCCGGGCACGGACAACCUAGUUGCAGAUUGGUUCUCCCGCCAUUGGAGGGACGUAAGCAACUGGCAAUUGGAUCUUCGCCUGUUCUAUCAAAUUCACUGUCUUCGCAGGCCCCUCACACUGGACCUGUUUGCGUCUUGGCUAAACUGCCAGACGGAGGCCUUUUUCAGUUGGCUCCCAGAUCCCCAGUCCUGGGCAGUCGAUGCCUUCCUACACCCUUGGCCGGAGAUAGGAGCGUAUGCGUUCCCACCUUUCUCCAUGAUCCAACGCACCCUUUACCGGCUCAAAGCCCUAGUAGUGACGAUAGUCAUUGUCACUCCUGUAUGAAGAGCCCAGACUUGGUUCCCAACCCUACUAGAACUAUCUGCGAAUUACCCAAUUCUUCUACUUCGACUCCCUGACAUCCUCAGGAAUUCAGCAGGGCUCUGUUACCCACUCACCCUUCAAGGUCGGCUCCAGCUUGUAGCUUGGACCGUUUCAGGGGACCCUGGAAUGUCUCGGGACUUUCGGAGACAGCUCAGGCUCUCCUAUGGGACUCCUGGGCCCCAGACACUAGACGAGCUUACCUCGCUGCAUGGCGAACAUGGUUCAGUGAUGUUUGGAAAGGGAUACCGAUCCCUUUUCAGCACCUCUGACGAUCAUUCUAAAUUUUCUGUCUACCCUCUUUGAUCAAGGCAAGUCCUAUAGAUCAAUGAAUGUUUUUAGAACAGCUAUUUCAGCGGCCCACAACCCUAUUGACAGUGUAUCAACAGGAAAACACCCUUCAGUUUGUAGACUUUUAAGAGGGAUCAGGCUAGCCAGGCCCCCUCUUCCAAGUAUUCAAAUUUCUGGGUUGUUACUCAGGUUUUUUCCCUUUUAGAAUCCUGGCCCUCUAAUGAGAAUUUUACGUUACGUCAACUCUCUGCCAAACUGGCCUUACUUCUAUGUCUGGUAUUCUUCCAUAGGGUAGCAUUUGAUUUCCACGCUGUAUUUUUCUUGCCUGAAGGUGUUAAAUUUCACAUCACCAGGCGUACAAAGACUAAUUCCUCCUCUGUAUUCUACCCUUACUUUCCGAAUAGACAGUCACUCUGUGUGGCGCUCUGUGUAAGGCACUAUAUAGAUGCCACAACCACUCUGCGUUACCCCGUCUCGUGUCCUUUGUCAAACCACACAAACCGGUGUUCGCUCCCACCGUCGCGCGGUGGAUCAUAUGGAUACUAGCCCAAGCAGGUAUUGACUCCUCUUUUGGAGCGCAUUCAGUCAGAGGAGCAGCCGCAUCCUCAGCCUUUCGUGCGGGUAGCUCCCUCUCAGACAUUUUGUCGUCUGCGGAUUGGUCCAGGGAGUCUACCUUUCGUACAUUCUAUUUCAAACCUAUGCCACAUGCUGCAUCUUCUAUCAUAUAGGAGCGUUAAAACAGCAGAUAUGAAGCCUCCUGUCUUGCCAUAAAAUUAGGGAUUAUUCUAGCCCUAGUGACUGAAUAAUCUAAAUUUUAUUAACGACAGGAGGCGAAUAUUUUCCCUCCCUUAUUUGUUUUCAUUAUCAUUUAUACCCGCCCUAAGGUGUUACUACAUAUUUUUCCUAGUCGUUCUGUUUCAAACACAUUCAUACAUCAUCCGUCAUAGGUUUACACCACAACACUCUAACCAAGAGUUUGUUAUACUCAACAUCAUUUUACAUGAAAUGUAUUGAAAUUGUUGUUCCUAGUGUGCAUGCCAUAAACUUGCAUUCAACUAGUAUGAGAACCUAUACUCUCAUGGUUUUUUCUCUACUUCCCUUAAGUGUGAAGAAUCCCAACGCUUGUGAUACAUGGAUUCAUCAAUCCCGUUGAAAGUUUACAUGGUUGACUACAUCAGGACCUCGAAUUGGUCCACAGUUCAUAGUUAUGGUUUACAUGGCUGAUACUCGGAUAUCGUCGGCUACAGCAAGAAAGACGAUAUGGGAGGAGCUUGAUGACAUCUUAUAAUACUGUUAUACACUCUGAUUGGUUGAAUUAUUGUUACAUUAUUGUUAACUAUUUCUUUGCUGCUGGGAGGUUCAGUAAAGAAAGAUAAAGCAAAUAUUUGCCUCCUGUCGUUAAUAAAAUUUAGAUUAUUCAGUCACUAGGGCUUUUUUUUAAAAAAAUUAUUUUAAUUUUUCCAUAACCUAAGUGUGAAGUGUGAAGACUGACAUGUUUUGUGCGAGUUUUUAAUGAAAGAACCAUAGAUAUUGCAGAUGGAGAGAAAGAUCCAUCGCCAUCGCUGGGCCUCGGCAAUCACUGCUGUAUAUUUGGAAACUAGAUUGUACGUUGCACCAGCACUGUAUACUAUAUCCAGUCACUAGUUUAUUUCACUAUUUCGUGGCUCCGUUUACAUUGCACGGUUGUGAGACAGCAGACCAGUAAAUAGAUAACUAACGCAAAACAAUAGUUAAAAAAAGGCUUCAUCCAAAAAGUGGGUUUAGAUAAAGCAGAGUCCUUGAGGAGUCAGCAAAUAUUUAGAAAACAUUUAACUCUAAGUGUUACACGCCUGCGGCACUUCUACUGCAUAAAGAAACAGUAGAUCCCCUAUGUAUAGAGCCACACCUGACAAAUAUAGAGUAAUGUAUCAUCACACUGUGUGUAUUAAAUCACACUCUGUAUUAGCACACACUCUGUAUUAGAGCACACUCUGUAUAUUAGAGCACACUCUGUAUUAGAGCACACACUCUGUAUUAGAGCACACUCUGUAUAUUAGAGCACACUGUCUCUGUAUUAGAGCACACUCUGUAUAUUAGAGCACACUCUGUAUAAAAGCACACUCUGUAUUAGAGCACACACUCUGUAUAAGAGCACACUCUCUAUUAGAUCACUCUCUGUAUAUUAGAGCACACUCUGUAUAAGAUCACUCUCUGUAUCUUAGAGCACACUUUCUGUAUAUUAGAUCACACUCUGUAUUAGAGCACACACUCUGUAUAAGAGCACACUCUCUGUAUUAGAUCACACUCUGUAUUAGAGCACACACUCUGUAUAAGAGCACACUCUCUGUAUUAGAUCACACUCUGUAUUAGAGCACACACUCUGUAUAAGAGCACACUCUCUGUAUUAGAUCACUCUCUGUAUUAGAGCACACACUCUGUAUUAGAGCACACUCUGUAUUAGAGCACACACUCUGUAUAAGAGCACACCCCUCACUCUGUAUAAGAGCACACUCUCUGUAUUAGAUCACUCUCUGUAUUAGAGCACACUCUGUAUAAGAGCACACACUCUGUAUAAGAGCACACUCUGUAUUAGAUCACACUCUGUAUUAGAGCACACUCUGUAUUAGAGCACACUCUGUAUAAGAUCACUCUCUGUAUAUUAGAGCACACUCUCUGUAUUAGAUCACACUCUGUAUUAGAGCACACUCUGCAUUAGAUCACACUCUAUGUAUUAGAUCACACUCUGUAUUAGAGCACAUUAUCUGUAUUAGAUCACACUCUCUGUAUUAGAGCACACACUCUGUAUAAGAGCACACUCUCUGUAUCAGAUCACACUCUGUAUUAGAGCACACACUCUGUAUAAGAGCACACUCCUCACUCUGUAUAAGAGCACACUCUCUGUAUUAGAUCACUCUCUGUAUUAGAGCACACACUCUGUAUUAGAGCACACUCUGUAUAAGAGCACACACUCUGUAUAAGAGCACACUCUGUAUUAGAUCACACUCUGUAUUAGAUCACUCUCUGUAUUAGAGCACACACUCUGUAUUAGAGCACACACUCUGUAUAAGAGCACACUCUGUAUUAGAGCACACACUCUGUAUUAGAUCACACUCCUCACUCUGUAUAAGAGCACACACUCUGUAUUAGAUCACACUCUGUAUUAGAGCACACUCUGUAUAAGAGCACACUCUGUAUUAGAUCACACUCUGUAUUAGAGUACUCUCUGUAUUAGAGGACACACUCUGUAUUAGAUCACACGCUGUAUUAGAGCACUCUCUGUAUUAGAGCACACACUCUGUAUAAGAGCACACUCUGUAUUAGAGCACUCUCUGUAUUAGAGCACACUCUGUAUUAGAGCACUCUCUGUAUUAGAGCACACACUCUGUAUAAGAGCACACACUGUAUUAGAUCACACUCUGUAUUAGAGCACUCUCUGUAUUAGAGCACACUGUCUCUGUAUUAGAUCACACUCUGUAUUAGAGCACACUGUCUCUGUAUAUUAGAGCACACUGUCUCUGUAUAUUAGAGCACACACUCUGUAUUAGAGCACACUGUCUCUGUAUAAGAUCACACUCUGUAUAUUAGAGCACACUGUCUCUGUAUUAGAACACACUGUAUAUUAGAACACACUCUGUAUAUUAGAGCACACUGUCUCUGUAUUAGAGCACACUCUGUAUAUUAGAGCACUCUCUGUAUUAGAGCACACUGUCUCUGUAUUAGAGCACACUCUGUAUUAGAGCAUACUCUGUAUAUUAGAGCACACACUCUGUAUUAGAGCACACUGUCUCUGUAUAAGAUCACACUCUGUAUAUUAGAGCACACUGUCUCUGUAUUAGAACACACUGUAUAUUAGAACACACUCUGCAUUAGAUCACACUCUCUGUAUUAGAUCACACUCUGUAUUAGAGCACAUUAUCUGUAUUAGAUCACACUCUCUGUAUUAGAGCACACACUCUGUAUAAGAGCACACUCUCUGUAUUAGAUCACACUCUGUAUUAGAGCACACACUCUGUAUUAGAGCACACACUCUGUAUAAGAGCACACUCCUCACUCUGUAUAAGAGCACACUCUCUGUAUUAGAUCACUCUCUGUAUUAGAGCACACACUCUGUAUUAGAGCACACUCUGUAUAAGAGCACACACUCUGUAUAAGAGCACACUCUGUAUUAGAUCACACUCUGUAUUAGAUCACUCUCUGUAUUAGAGCACACACUCUGUAUUAGAGCACACACUCUGUAUAAGAGCACACUCUGUAUUAGAGCACACACUCUGUAUUAGAUCACACUCCUCACUCUGUAUAAGAGCACACACUCUGUAUUAGAUCACACUCUGUAUUAGAGCACACUCUGUAUUAGAUCACACUCUGUAUUAGAGUACUCUCUGUAUUAGAGGACACACUCUGUAUUAGAUCAAACGCUGUAUUAGAGCACUCUCUGUAUUAGAGCACACUCUGUAUUAGAGCACUCUCUGUAUUAGAGCACACUCUGUAUUAGAGCACUCUCUGUAUUAGAGCACACACUCUGUAUAAGAGCACACUCUGUAUUAGAUCACACUCUGUAUUAGAGCACUCUCUGUAUUAGAGCACACUGUCUCUGUAUUAGAUCACACUCUGUAUUAGAGCACACUGUCUCUGUAUAUUAGAGCACACUGUCUCUGUAUAAGAUCACACUCUGUAUAUUAGAGCACACUGUCUCUGUAUAAGAUCACACUCUGUAUAUUAGAGCACACUGUCUCUGUAUUAGAACACACUGUAUAUUAGAACACACUCUGUAUAUUAGAGCACACUCUGUAUAUUAGAGCACUCUCUGUAUUAGAGCACACUGUCUCUGUAUUAGAGCACACUCUGUAUUAGAGUAUACUCUGUAUAUUAGAGCACACACUCUGUAUUAGAGCACACUGUCUCUGUAUAAGAUCACACUCUGUAUAUUAGAGCACACUGUCUCUGUAUUAGAACACACUGUAUAUUAGAACACACUCUGUAUAUUAGAGCACACUCUCUGUAUUAGAGCACACUGUCUCUGUAUUAGAGCACACUCUCUGUAUAUUAGAGCACUCUCUCUGUAUAUUAGAGCACUCUCUCUGUAUUAAAGCACACUCAGUAUGUGUGUCCUUCUCCUCCUGCUCCCCAGUUGUGUCACUGUCUCCCCUGGGGACUCUGGAGUAUCUGAGCCCCGUGUCACGUGUCCGCCGUUCCCACCAAUCACAGCGCAGAACGCUCCCACGCUCCCUUUUCAAACCUGCAGUGAGCGGUUGGGAGCUCAGUACCCGGAGUCACGUGGUCCGGGCGGGUUAAAGGGCAGGGGGUCCUGCUCGCUCUGUUUCUGACGGGAAUGGAGAGCCGCAUUAUUACCCCGGGGCCCUAUAGGGCCACCAAACUGGUGAGUAGAGACCACGGAGGGCUUACAUGGAGACAGAGCUCUGUGUGGGCAGUUUGUAUCGGAGUCAGGAAUCACUGGGUAACACUAAGGGGGAGGCUGGCUGAGCAUUGUGGGAGAGGCUGGCUGAGCAUUGUGGGAGUUGGAGUUCCAGAGGCUGCCAGUCCAUGCUGGAUGCCAGCCAUGCUCACAGCUGGUAUUUGUGGCAGUGAUUGAUGGCUGCAGGGUCAGCUUAUCAGACAGACUUGUCUUCCUAUUCAUUGAGUGCAGGGGAUGUGGUGGGCUAUUACUGCUCCACAUAUAGCAUAACACAUGGGGCUGGCAUCUUGUAAUGGCUUUCUUAUUGGAAUCACAGAAUUUUAAAAUGACAACGUGAAAACUUGUCCUUACAAAACUGUUAUUCCAAUUUAAAAAAAAAAAAAAGCCAUUCUAAGAUGCUAAUUUAAUCUAUUUAAUUGUAGUUUUCCUAAUUUGUGCAAAUUUAGAAGGUAAUUACAAUAUUGUAAUAUAUAUAUAUAUAUAUAUAUAUAUAUAUAUAUAUAUACACAUACUGACAUGGCUGCCAGUGAUCAACCAUUUUGAUAAAUUUUUAAAGUGCUUUCCUUACUGAAUUGGUGGGGGGUGGGGAGGACCCCAUUAAAUGUUGAACUUUCAAGAUGUGCCAAUCACAAUUCAACACCCAAAAUGACUUCCACCUGGGGACUUUGCACAAUUUGCAAAGACCCCACCUGUGACAUCAGCUGCUGGGAGUGGGGUGGCAGGGUGCAGGGAAAGCGGAGCUCUACAUACUUGAACCUGUCCCUUGCGGACACCGCCAUCUUUCCUCUAGCGGGUCUUCUUCAGCACUGGGAGCCAACAUCACAGCUACUGUGUUGCAUGCAUGAGAGUACAACAUUGAGAACUAUGGAGGAUCCAGACAGAGCCAAUUCCCUAUAGCAGUCACUGAUGACAGCUUUCAGAUUGACACCGUAGCUGCAUCCAGUGUCUAAAAAAAAAAAAGUGAGGUGGAGGGAAAAAUACAUGGGUUUUUAGUUAGAAAUAGGUUAAAAAUGGAGGGGACCACUUAAAGUUUUGCUAACUUCAGGCUGUCGUCGAGGAGGGGCUGGUAUCAUGAUAUCAGCCUAUCGAGCUUAAGACUGCCAUCAGAAAAUGUGGGGCUCUUUACACCACUUAAAGGACCACUAUAGGCAGCCAGACCACUUCAGCUUAAUGAAGUGGUCUGGGUGACUGGUCCAGCUAGGGUUAACCAUUUUUUCUAUAACAUAGUAGUUUCAGAGAAACUGCUAUGUUUAUAAUGGGGUUAAUCCAGCCUCUAGUGGCUCUCAUUGACAGCCGCUAGAGGCGCUUCUCACUGUGAUAUUUUCUUUUUUUUUAAUUAUUUUUUUCACAGUGAGAAGAUGCCAGUGUCCAUAGGAAAGCAUUGAGAAUGCUUUCCUAUGGGCUGGAUGAAUGUGCGCGCGCGGCUCUUGCCGUACAUGCACAUUCAGCCGAUGAAGUGGAGAGUCCCCCGCCCGGGGAUGGGGGGGGGAGGGGAAGGUAAAUUUAACCCCUUCCACCUCCUAGAGCCUGAAAGUGGGGGCACCCUCAGGGCACUAUAGUGCCAGGAAAACAAGUUUGUUUUCCUGGCACUAUAGUGGUCCUUUAAGACAGGACUUUUGCAGGCAGGUAGUGCUGUGGUAUGGGAUAAAGCUUGCAUUUUGUAGGGAAUAUAAUGUGUAUGUGUGUGUUCAGGAGGGAAUGUAAAGGAUGUGUAUUGGAAUCUUGUAUUGAUGCAGUGUGUAUGUGUCUUUGUGGUGUGGGAUAGGGGCUGUGCUCUGUUAAAGGACCACUAUAGUGCCCCCACCCUCAGGGUCCCCCUCCCGCCGGGCUCUAGUGAGGAAGGGGUUAAACUUACCUCUUUCUCCAGCGCCGGGCUGGGAGCUCUCCUCCUCGGCUGAAUGCGCAUGCGCGGCAAGAGCCACGCGUGCAUUCAGCCAGUCUCAUAGGAAAGCAUUCUCAAUUCUUUCCUAUUGACGCUGGCAUCUUCUCACUGUGAAAAAUCACAGUGAGAAGCGCCUCUAGCAGCUGUCAAUGAGACAGCCACUAGUGGCUGGAUUAACCCUAAUAUAAACAUAGCAGUUUCUCUGAAACUAUGUUUAUAGAAAAAAGGGUUAACCCUAGCUGGACCAGGCACCCAGACCACUUCAUUAAGCUGAAGUGGUCUGGCUGCCUAUAGUGGUCCUUUAAGAGUAAAGAGCAGUAUUUUUUUACUUUUUUUUUUUUUUUUUUUACCCUGUCCAUUAACGCCUUCAGGACGGCGUCAAUAGUGCACGUUACGAUCAAAACAUAAACAAAAACUGUAAUUUGCGCUUUGUCUGUUCAACAGUAAUUCACCGCUGUCACAUUAAGUGCACCCACACUUAAUAAUAAUAAUAUUAUUAUUUAUCAUUUUGUUCAGGAGAAACAGGACUUUAAUUUAUUAUUAGCUAUUCAUAUGUGGAACAUAAUUUAUUAUGAAUAAAAAAAUUAAAGUGAGUUUUUUUAAUUUGUAUUUCUGUCUGACAUUUUACCUGUGAAUGUCAUACUGUUAGGUUUUAAUGCAAACAAAUGCACAUAUUUGUAAUCAGCGAUGUCUCACGAGUACAACAAUACCCCCAUUAACAGGUUUUAUGGUGUUUUGGAAAGUUACAGGGUCAAAUAUAGAAUGUUCCAUUUUCAAAUUUAAAUUUGCCAGAUUAGAUGUUACUUUUGAGACUGUGUGGUAGCCCAGGAAUGAGAAUUCCAUUUGAAAAAGUAGACAACCCAAAGUAUUGAAAGUCGGGUAUGUUUAGUCUUUUUUAGUAGCCACUUAGUCACAAACACUGGCCAAAGUUAGCGUUCAGAUUGUUUUUUGUUUGAAAAAAGCAAAAAACAAUAUUUGGCCAGUGUUUGUGACUAAGUGGCUACUAAGAAAGACUGGACAUACUCCACUUGCAAUAUCUUGGGUUAUCUAAUUUUGCAGAUGGUAUGCCAUCAUGGGGGUAAUUCUCAUUCCUGGGCUACCAUACGCUCUCAAAGGCAACAUACAGUUUCAAGAAAAAGUAUGUGAACCCUUUGGAAUGAUAUGGAUUUCUGCACAAAUUGGUCAUAAAAUGUGAUAUGAUCAUCAUCUAAGUCACAACAAUAGACAAUCACAGUCUGCUUAAACUAAUAACACACAAAGAAUGAAAUGUUGCCAUGUUUUUAUUGAACACACCAUGUAAAAAUUCUCAGUGCAGGUGGAAAAUAUGUGAACCCUUGGAUUUAAUAACUGGUUGAACCUCCUUUGGCAGCAAUAACUUCAACCAAACGUUUCCUGUAGUUGCAGAUCAGACUUGCACAACGGUCAGGAGUAAUUCUUGACCAUUCCUCUUUACAGAACUGUUUCAGUUCAGCAAUAUUCUUGGGAUGUCUGGUGUGAAUCGCUUUCUUGAGGUCAUGCCACAGCAUCUCAAUCGGGUUGAGGUCAGGACUCUGACUGGGCCACUUCAGAAGGCGUAUUUUCUUCUGUUUAAGCCAUUCUGUUGUUGAUUUACUUCAGUGCUUUGGGUCAUUGUCCUGUUGCAACACCCAUCUUCUGUUGAGCUUCAGCUGGUAGACAGAUGGCCUUAAGUUCUCCUGCAAAAUGUCUUGAUAAACUUCGGAUUUCAUUUUUCCUUUGAUGAUAGCAAUCCGUCCAGGGCCUGACGCAGCAAAGGAGCCCCAAACCAUGAUGCCCCCACCACCAUACUUCACAGUUGGGAUGAGGUUUUGAUGUUGGUGUGCUGUGCCUUUUUUUCGCCACACAUGGUGUUGUGUGUUUCUUCCAAACAACUCAACUUUGGUUUCAUCUGUCCACAGAAUAUUUUGCCAGUACUGCUGUGGAACAUCCAGGUGCUCUUGUGCAAACUGUAAAUGUGCAGCAAUGUUUUGUUUGGACAGCAGUGGCUUCCUCUGUGGUAUCCUCCCAUGAAAUCCAUUCUUGUUUAGUGUCUUACGUAUUGUAGAUUUGCUAACAGGGAUGUUAGCAUUUGCCAGUGAAUUUUGUACGUCUUUAGCUGACACUCUAGGAUUCUUCUUCACCUCAUUGAGCAGUCUGCGCUGUGCUGUUGCAGUCAUCUUUACAGGACGGCCACUCCUAGGGAGAGUAGCAGCAGUGCUGAACUUUCUCCAUUUAUAGACAAUUUGUCUUACAGUGGACUGAUGAACAGUUGGAGAUACUUUUAUAACCCUUUCCAGCUUUAUGCAAGUCAACAAUUCUUAAUCGUAGAUCUUCUGAGAGCUCAUUGAUUUUACUCCAGUUGGCUGACAUCUCACUCCAAAUAAGUUCUUGGAGAUGUCAUUAGUCUAGGGGUUCACAUACUUUUCCACCUGCACUGUGAAUGUUUACAUGUUGUGUUCAAUAAAAACAUGGCAACAUUUCAUUCUUUGUGUGUUAUUAGUUUAAGCAGACUGUGAUUGUCUAUUGUUGUGACUUAGAUGAUGAUCAGAUCACAUUUUAUGACCAAUUUGUGCAGAAAUCCAUAUCAUUCCAAAGGGUUCACAUACUUUUUCUUGCAACUGUAACCAAUCUGGCAAAUUUCAAUGUCAAAAAAAUGAAAUCCAAGCCUUAUCUAUGACUCUCUAACUUUCCAAAACACCAUAAAACCUGUACAUGGGGGGUACUGUUAUUCUCGGGAGACUUCACUAAACACAAAUAUUAGUGUUUUAAAACAUAUUACAACAAUAAUAUAGUCCAUAAAAGUCCCAUUUGUUUGUAAAAAAUGCAAAAAAGUCACUUUUACUUAAAAUAUCAUUGUUGUAAUACAAUUUACCAGUUUGAAACACUAAUAUUUGAGUUUAGCGAAGUCUGCUGAGUAAAACAGUAACCACUAUGUACAGGUUUUAUGGUGUCUUGGAGAGUUACAGGGUCAAAUAUAGUGCUUGCGAAUUAAAUUCUCUGCACUUUCUCCUUGUGUUGUCAGGCAUGUCAAUCAAAUUUUAAUUAAUCAAAUAACAGAAUUAUGUUAAAAGAUUACUUAAAUAUACACGUAGAAUUGUAAUAUGCAUUUAUAGGUAUUUAAAUUCUACGUGUAUACUAAUGUAAUCUUUUAUGUAAGAGUGUGUGUGUGUGUGUGUGUCUGUGUGUGUGUGUGUAAUAUAUCUCGAUCUCGAUCUCUUCGUUAGAAUGAAAUUGCAAAUGAAUAUAUAACUUAUAUUAAAUUUUCAAUAUUUUAUUUAUUAUUGUGUGUAUAUAUACCGUAUAAGCCGAGUUUUUCGGCACUUUUUUUGUGCUGAAAAACCCAAACUCUGCUUAUACUCGAGUCAAUGUCUGUAUUGUGGCAAUUUACAUUGCCACAAUACAGACCAGGACCGCCGGGCUCAUUACAAGCCCGGCGGUCCUGUUGGGGGCUGUCAGUGAGCUCUUACUUACCUUCCUGCAGCUCCUGUCAGCUCCCUCCUCCUCCGUGCAGUCUCGUGAGACUUACACUGUAAACAGAACGGAGCUGACCGAGGAGCUGCAGGAAGGUAAGUAAGAGCUCCCUGUCAGCCCCCCCACUGGACCACCAGGGAUUCAGAAUAAUAAUAAUAAUAAUAAUAAUAAUAAUAAUAAUUGCAUUAUUUUUUUAUUUAAAUUUUGUUGCCUGGCCAGGGAGGGGGGACAAAAAACAUUAAAAAAAAAAAAAAUAAUGCAAAUAUUAAAUUAAUAAUAAUAAAAUAAUAUUAUUUUAAUAUUAUAUUAAUAUUUGCAUUAUUAUUUUUAAAUGGUUUUUUGUCCCCCCUCCCUGCUUGUUGCCUGGCCAGGGAGGGGGGACAAAAAAACAUUUAAAAAAAAAAAAAUAAUGCUUAUAAUAUAAUAAUAAAAUAAUAUUAAAAUUAUAAUAAUUUAUUAUUUUAAUAUUUUAUUAUUAUAUUAUUUUAAUAUUUGAAUUAUUUAUAAAAAAAAAAAAAAAUUUUUUGUCCCCCCUCCCUGACCAGGCAACAAGCAGGGAGAGGGGACAAUAAUGCAAAUAUAAUAAUUAAAUGCAGAGGAGUCGGGAGGGGAGUUUAAAAAAAAACAAAACAGGACUAUGGCAGUGCCGCUUUAAGUGGAAAUGCAAGUUUAAUCCUAUGUUUAGUUUUACCUAUGCCUUCAGCAUAGAGGUAAACACUACAAAUGGGUACCCAAAAGCAGGUGUGGUCCUUUGUGCUGUUGUAUGGUGGGCAGUGAUGGGUGGCAUGGCAAACUGAGCAUUUUGAGGUGGGCAGAUAUACUCUCAUCUACUACAGUGCCAACAAAAAAGUCUGCUUCAGGUAGGUAUCCAUCUGGCUGUAAUUGUUUAUGUAAUGUACAGAUUAAAUGUUUUGUGUAUGUGCAGUCUGGUUUGAAAUAUUAUCGCCUUCAUUUUCAAUACCAGACUAAAUUCUAACAUCGUUCUCUUUCCUCUCCCCUCUUCAGUGGAAUGAAGUCACAAAGUUCUUUCGGGCAGGGAUGCCUUUAAAGAAACACCGGGUACACUUCAAAUUGUAUGCAAAUUGUUUCACAGCAUCAGAGGCCAUCGACUGGCUCCAUCAUCUUUUGAAGAGCAACAGUAACUUUGGAGCAGAAGUGACCCGGCAGCAGACUAUCCAACUGCUGAGGAAGUUCUUGAAGAAUCAUGUUAUUGAAGAUCUCAAGGGAAGAUGGGGCUCUGAGGAUCUGGAUGACAAUAAUGCUCUUUACAGGUAUUCACCACCCACCCACCCACCCCUUAAUGUAUCUUGUACGGCAUACUGUGUGCACAUAUAGGUAGGUAAUUAGGCAUUGCAUAUAUAACAUAUAAAAGUUUGUCUAUUUUCCUUCUAGAUUUCCUUCUACAUCCCCAGUAAAAACAGUCCCGAGUCGUCAUCCAUUGUGGAAGAGAAGCAGUUUAGAAAAUGUAUUCAAAGAGAGAGAUAAUCUGUUCAAGCUGCCACAUUUCUCAAGGAGAACUCCUAAAAAGCCAGAUUUUAAGGUAAUCUAAGCUCCGUCCAGCUAUCUCUUCAAAUAUCACAUACAUAUACUCCACAGAAACUUCUGUAGUCACAGACCCCUGGCAUCCUAUGACAACAAGUAAUCAAUCCAAGAGUUUGACACUUUCAGGGUUUUCCAGGCACUUCUGGUCCAGCCAUCUCUGCUGAUAUACUUUGUAUUCAACAACAUCACUUCUUUGUUCCCCAUGUCUGCCCAGCUUCUCUCCUCUAAUGUAGCUAAAUCAGAAGCCCAAGCAAGGGCAGAACUAACACCUGCAGUGAGAUGGGCACAUCUGCAGUUGUGAUAAACCCGGAAAGGUGGGACCUGGGGAAUCUGGUAAAUGUCAAACCAUUGGAAAAUGGACUGCGUUUCAUGGUACUUCUGACACCAUAACCAUUCUAGCAUGCUGUUGUGAUUCUUUGUUACCUUUUGAUGGUGGACCAGCUCAAGGUUUAACCCCUUAAGGACCGAGGACGGUUCAGGACCGUCAUCGGCAUUUUCCCAUUGCCGACCAAUAACGUUCCUGAACCGUCCUAACAGUCCUAGUUACUUACCUGAUCGCCGUCGUUCCCCCGGCGGCAAUCAGCGUAGCUCCCGGUGUGGGGAGACUGCCUGCAGCCCAGACAGUCUCCCCACACUGAAUUAGGACCCCUGUGGCCAUGUGAUCGCUUAACACAGCGAUCACAUGGUCACAAUAGGUGUCCAUGUGUCUGCCUGCUAGUGUAAAAUCAAAUAAAAAUUAAUAUUUAUAAAAAAAUUGUGUGUGUGUGUGUGUGUAUAUAUAUAUAUAUAUAUAUAUAUAUAUAUAUAUAUAUAUAUAUAUAUAUAUAUAUAUAUAUAUAUAUAUAUAUAUAUAUAUAUAUAUAUUCUGUGUCCUUAUAAUUAAAUUACACACACACUAGUGUGUGUGUGUGUAUAUAUAUAUAUUAUAAAAUAUAAAUAAUAAGUAAUGUAAUUUUUUUUUAAAUAAUAAAAAUUGAAAAAAUAUCUAUGAAAUUUUAUUCUAACUGUAUUUUAAAAUUAUAUAUUUAUAUCAAAAUACACUUAGAAUGAAUUUGUAUAUAUAAAUAAAAAUAAUACAAAAUUACAUAAAUAAUUAUAUAAAUAUACACGUAGACUUCAAAUAUAUAAAUAUGCAUAUAUAUAUUUAAAUUCUACGUGCGUAUUUAUGUAAUAUUUCUACAUAAUUAAGUAAUUUUAUUGAUUGCAAUUUGAGGGACCUGUCUGCCAAUCCAGGCCUAAAGUCCAGAGAAUUUAAUUUGCUAGCACUGUAUUUUACCCUAUAACGUUCUACGACACCCUAAAACCUGUAAAUGGGGGGUACUGUUUUACUCAGGAGACUUCGCUGAACACAAAUAUUAGUGAUUCAAAACAGUAAAAUCACAGCAAUGAUAUUGUCAGUGAAAGUUACUUUUUUUGCAUUUUUCACACACAAACAGCACUUUUAUGGACUAUAUUAUUGUUGUGAUAUGUUUUCCAGUUUUUAAACACUAAUAUUUGUGUUCAGCGAUGUCCCCCCGAGUAAAAUAGUACUCCCAUCUACAGGUUUUAUAGUAUUUUUGAAAGUUACAGGGUCAAAUAUAUGGGUCAAAUAUUUUUACAUUAAAAAUGGCCAGGUUGGUUACGUUGCCUUUGAGAGCGUAUGGUAGCCCAGGAAUGAGAAUUACCCCCAUGAUGGCAUACCAUUUGCAAAAGAAGACAACCCAAGGUAUUGUAAAUGGGGUAUGUCCAGUCUUUUUUAGUAACCACUUAGUCACAAACACUGGCCAAAAUUAGCGUUCAAUUUAGUUUUUUUUUUUUUAGUUUUUUCACACACAAGCAAAUAUGAAUGCUUACUUUGGCCAGUGGCUACUAAAAAAGACUGGACAUACCCCAUAUUGAAUACCCUGGGUUGUCUACUUUAAAAAAAAUUUACAUGUAGGGUGUUAUUCAGAGAUUUAUGACAGAUAAUAGUGUUACAAUGUCACUAUUGAUAAAAUUUAAAAAUGUAUGUUUUGAAACUGCAAUAUCCUACUUGUACCUAUAGCCCUAUAACAUGCAAAAAAAAAGCACGUAAACACUGGGUAUUUUUAAACUCAGGACAAAGCUUUGAGUCUACUUAGCAGUUUUUUUUAAUUCGCUUUUGUAGAUGAGUAAAAGAUUUUUCAAGUAAAAAAAAAAACAUGUAUUUUUCAUAUUUUUUUUUAUUUUUUUUCCCAAUUAAAAUACAAGAGAUUAUAUAAAUAAUUGUAUGUAAAGAAUGCCCCUUUUGUCCUGGAAAAAAAACAAUAUAUAAUUUGUAUGGGAACAGUAAAUGAGAGAGCGGAAAAUUACAGCCAAACACCACAAAAGUGUAAAAAAAAAAAAUUAUAAAAAAAUGCCUGGUCGCAAAUGUUCAACAUCGCAAAAACAGUCCAGUCCUUAAGGGGUUAAAUCUGAUUUUAUAUAUUUAGUCUGGAAGGGUUUUUUUUUUUUUUUGUUUUUUUGUUUUUAUGAACACAACCUGCUUGGCCCAUGUGGGAGAAAUCAUGUUUAGUGCCUUGUGCACGGUGGUCAGUUUUUAGUGGAUAUUCAAUGCUGAUUUUCGAUUUUCUAGGACGAGCAAGAAAAUGACAUGUGCGAGACGGAGGAGGAUUUUGUAAAUGACGGCCCUAAAGAGCUGAGCAAAAAGGACAUAGAAGAAAUCUGGGGAAACAUUACUCUGAUACAGUAAGUCUUAAAGAUGCUUUCCCUCUGCUUAAAACAAGUGGUGUGUGCCAUUUUCACUUGACAAGCUGGCAUAUCUGGGCAAAACAACUUUUGUAAUUUAUUUCUGCUUCCCCUCACGUUGUUUUUUUUUUGUUUGUGUUUUUUUAGAACAGUCACUCUGCACACAACUAAUAAGGUUAUUCACUGAAGUGUGGAUUGUUGGGAAUUCAAAUUGAAUUUCUAGUCUAAGGCCAUAAUAGUCAAACUGGAAAAAUGUUCACCCAGCUGUGUUGCAAUUUAAUUAUUUUGCCCUAAAGUUUGAUGUUCACUUUCUAUUCAGUAUGAUUACUUUUAUUGAAUAACCCUCUGUAUUCAUGUGCUCCAUUGUGUUUUUUCCUUCUUUAAUUUCCUGUUUUGCUUGGCAGAUCACUGAAAUAACUUUAUUUUAUUUUCUCAUGCAGCAAGAUAAAGCUGUGGUAGAUGUAGCAUAUACUGGCCAGUCAGUUCCUAGAUGGUGUCAAACAAUGCCUGACAUUUUCACCAUAUUUUGUUCUCCCAGCCUUCAGAAAAUCUUAGCUCUGCCGUCCUUGGAAGAAGUGUUAAAUCCAGCUCAAAUAAACCCCAACCACAUUAUGUACAACAUGACACACACCAGCAAACAUGGCGUCGUUGUCCUUGAAGAAAAGACAGGUUUGCUGUGAAUUGUUCCUUAUGCAACAUAUUUACAUAAAAAUGGUUAUAUUUUUAUUUACUUUUUUCUUUUUUUUUUUCCCCCAGAUGAUCUUCCUCAUUGGGUGUUAUCUGCUAUGAAAUGCCUUGCAAACUGUGAGUUGCCCCAUAUUGUGUCUUGUUACGGUAUAGCAUGACUGGACAUUGAUGUUGCACAGGUCACCUCUCCAGUUUAUGUAAUAUUGGAAUGCACAAGUUAUCUUAAUUGAUAUGGCCUUCUUUUAUUGACUUGUGAUCAUCCCGACACUUCACUUCAUCUGAAUGUUUGUUUUAUUUUGAGCUUGGGAGUUUAAAGGACCACUAUAGUGCCAGGAAAACAUACUCGUUUUCCUGGCACUAUCGUGCCCUGAGGGUGUCACCUCCCGUCCGGCACUGGGGAGAGGAAAGGGGUUAAACUUACCUUUUUUCCGGGGCCGGGCGGGGAGCUCUCCUCCUCCUCUCCGCCUUCGAUCCUCCCUUUCGACUGAAUGCGCACGCGCGGCAAGAGGUGCGCAUUCAGCCGGUCUCAUAGGAAAGCAUUUACAAUGCUUUCCUAUGGACGCUGGCGUCUUCUCACUGUGAUUUUUACAGUAAGAAGCACGCAAACUCCUCUAGUGGCUGUCAAUGAGACAGCCACUAGAGGAGUUGGAGGCUGGAUUAACCCUAACAAACAUAGCAGUUUCUCUGAAACUGCUAUGUUUAUUAAAAAAGGGUUAACCCUAGCUGGACCUGGCACCCAGACCACUUCAUUAAGCUGAAGUGGUCUGGGUGCCUAGAGUGGUCCUUUUAAUCUUCAACCCAUUUGUUUUGAUAUCUUCAAUUGGAUAGGUGGCACUGCUUUUGUUCUCGUGUGUGGGUUUGUUUUUUUUUUGUUUUUGUGUUUGUUUUUUUUGUUUUUUUUAAAUCUCUUCUGUUCCUAGUUGUUGUAAAAAUGUCCAUAAUGUGUUGGGUCCUUGCUUUAAUUGGCUUAAAGGAGGACAGUAGAGACAGUGUCCUAGCACCAGUUUUGCAUAUAAUUGACCGUAUUAAGCCUGGAACUUUGUUCUGGUCUGGCUUAUGAUGCCAGAUGUGACGUUUCACCUCUGGCAGCUUAGGUAUUUCAACGUGAAUUGCAGCACAUACUGAUUCCACGCACCAUGACUACAUCAGCUCAAUUUAAGUGGUCGCGGUGCUUGGAGUAAACAUUUAACAUUCAUGCGUGAGCUACUGCACCCUCCUGCAGACCUGUGCUCUGAAAUCUCAUAGCAAAGACGUUGGCAGACUACAAAGACUAUGUAGUGUUGGCAGACUUGUGUAUGGAAUUAACAAUCUGCAUUCUUAUUUUAUUUCUAAAUCAAUGGGGGAAGGUUGAGUGGUUUAUUUGAAAGGAAACCAAGUAUACAAAUGCUGUGUGGAUAGAUGCAUGUCUAGCAUUAGCACUCGUGGAAUGUUGUAGUCGCUAGACUGCUAUAAAAUGAAUAAAUAGAGCCUGCAUUGGGCUUCACUAUCUCCGUCAGAUCCUGGGGGAACAUCUGAAAGACGAACUUUUUAAGCGUUUACUGUGAUUUUGAGAUAUUAAAGUCUGCCUUAAAGUAACAAUUUAAACCUUUUUUUUUUUAACUUUUUGAGUGUGUAUAUAUGUGUGUGUGUGUGUGUGUGUGUGUGUGUGUGUGUGUGUGUAUAUAUAUAUAUAUAUAUAUAUAUAUACACACAAUAAUUCUUUUUUUUUUUUUUAUAAUACAGGGCCACGGAAUAAUGACAUGAGCCAGGCAACCUAUGUUGGGUUUGAACGUGACGUCUUCAGAACUGUUGCUGAUUAUUUCCUGGGUCUCCCCGAACCCCUCCUUACAUUUGAGUAUUAUGAGCUUUUUGUUAAUAUAUUGGGUACGUAUAUCUGUGUGGUUUUUUUUUUGUUUGGUUUUUUUCCUGCUCCAUCCUUUUUGUAUUAAGUUUACGUUCCCGCAGCGAUAUGACAGUGGUUACGUUUAACAGGUAUUGUAUAAGCACUGCUUGUUCACUCUGGCUGCUUAUAACCCCAUUGCAUAGAUACUAACUCUUUUUAAUAAGCUGCUAACUGGUUUGCUUGUUGUUUUUUUCUUUAAGAGUUUUAAUUUCUAUUUCAUUCCCCGAUAGUUGUCUGUGGCUACAUAACGGUUCCUAACAGGCUUAAUGAAAAGCAUACACUCCAGAAAAACAUGUCUUCUCAGCAACACUCCAAAAUGCUUCAUUCAAACCACGCUAACUUUAAGUCCACCGAAUGCCUGCUUUUAAGUUUGCUACGCAAAGUGCCCAAUGAAGAAGAGGAAGAGGAAGAUGAUCAAAGUUUUGGAGAAAUUGCCAGGGAACAAAUAGGAGCACAUACACGUUUGUCCAAUUCCAUCUGCAGAAAUCAAAAGGAUGGCAAGCUUGUUGGAGGCAGUUGCCAAAAUCUUUCUUUCCCUCAGAAUGGCAUGGCUGCACCAAGCAAAAUGAAAGCACGGAGCUGUUCUAUGGAACCAAUCCUUGAUCUGGAUUCCAAAAUCAAUGGCCAACACUCUCCUGAUAGUACUGCUGUGCCCUCCAAAAAGAAAUCUGAAUCUAUCCAUUUCCUUCCAUCUAAUUACACCGAGCAGAGACCUUCUGACUGCAGGACUAGCUUUGAUUCCCAUAACCGGCUGAGAUCCAGAAGGCUUUCUAGAUCACACAGCAUGGGUGAUGAUCUUGAGUCUUGUUCUAGCAUAAAUACACCCGUUGCUGAGAUCACAGUCCGACCUGGGCAAUACAGGACACAAAAGCGGUUGCCUUCUCUUACAGAAAGCGAAUCUAUGGAUCUGGGGAUAACUGUAACCAAAAGAUUGUGUCAGAGCUCAAUGGAACUCUCUAACAGCACUGUUCACACAAACUUUUCCCAAAACUGCCCAGGCACGCAAAGUAAGGGUAAUGCUUUUCACUGCAUGUCUAAGUGGGAUGCUUGCAGCUUUUUAACAUACUUUGCAUGUGCUUUCACUUUUCGUACACUGAUUUUUCAAUGUUCUUAUAUUUAACCAGUGUGUGUGAAAUUUAACUCUUUAAAUUCUAGUAGAAAGUUUAAAUAUCUGAUACUCUGUAGCAUUGAUGGGGGGAAAAAUACACGUAUUUUAGUAAUCUUCACAGUUCCAUCUAUUCUUUUGUCCUUGAGACCUUAAUGAUUUUACAUUUAAAUAUUGCUGUAUUAAUGCUAGUUUUCUGGACAAGCGUCUUCUAAUUUUAGCAAUGCUCUAAAUAUAAGAACAUUGACCUUCCUUGGCUAAAUGAGCUCCAGGCAUGCCGUGAAAUUUCCGCAAUGCCGCAAUCAUUAAACGCUGUAAUUGAGAGCAGCUGCAUACUGAUUUGUAACGUUCGAUUCCGGACAACCUAAACGAUGUGUUUCUGGUGUUCCUUUGAGAUUUCCCACGACUUUCUACUUCAUUGACGUAAUAUAGUUUGUCAUCCUAAUCAUUUUAACAAUCCUGGUGUUUGUCCCAUCACAACGCUUUAAUCACUGGAAAAGUGCUGUCUAUAGAAUGGAAACGGACCUGUGGUUCUGUUAAACCCUCUGGGUGCCAGCAAACAAAUAGUGCAGAAAAUGUAUCUAGUUACCUUUUUUUUGAAGGUUAACUGGGCUUUUAAACAAAGUUAUAGAUGAGAAAUGUACGUCUUGAUUUGUCUUGACCAUUUUAAUUUAAACAGAAACCGAAAUCUCUUAAAAGCUUAAAUUAAUCUCUGUAGUAGAGCAUCUUGCAAUAUGCAGUCUUAUUUUGCUGAAUAAAAAUGUUUUGGACAUUAUGCAGUAUGCCAACUAUAAUGCCUUAAAGGACCACUAAAGGCACCCAGACCACUGCAGCUCAAUAAUUGUUCUGGGUGCCAGGUCCAGCUAGGUUUAACACUUUUUGCAGUAAACAUAGCAGUUUCAGAGAAACCGCUAUGUUUACACAUGGGUUAAUCCAGCCUCUAGUGGCUGUCUCAUUGACAGCCGCUAGAGGCGCUUCCGCACUCCUCACUGUGGUGUGGUUUUUUUGGGGGUUGGGGGUUUUGUUUUUUUGAGAAUGCUUUCCUAUUAGACUGGCUGAAUGCAUGCGUGGCUCUUGCCGCGCAUGGGCAUUCAGCCGAUGACGGAAGAAGAGGGAGGAGAGUGCCUGGGGAGGGGGGGGGAAGGUAAGGGAUUAACCCCUUCCUCCCCCUUCAGCGCCACGGGAGUGGGACCUUGAGGGUGGGGGCACCCUCAGGGCACUAUAGUGCCAGGAAAAAGAGUGUUUUCCUGGCACUAUAGUGGUCCUUUAAGGAACCUUCCACACACAUAAGUACUUUAGCUUGCUAAGGUGCUUUCUAUGCGAAGUUUAUUUUUUUUUUUAAUUUUCCCCCAAAGUGCAGAUUUCAAUAGAAAUUGGCACUUUUAAUAAAGUAAACGUAUUACACCAUCUGGCUGUAAAUCUGCUCAGUGGAGCUAAACUCAAGGUGCAAGCAGUUGCCCAGAGCUCCUGCCUUGUAAUUGGGAUUGGGCAGCCACAAAGUUGGGCGGGAUUGAAAGGGAAGGAUUGGCAAAGACUGCAGACGAGAUCUGUGCCUUUUGAAAGAUAAUUUUAGGUAUUACCCCAAAGAGAAAAAUACACAAUUAAAGGACCACUAUAGUGCCAGGAAAACAAACUAUGCUAUGUUUACAGCUGCAGGGUUAACACUAGCUGGACCUGGCACCCAGACCACUUCAUUGAGCUGAAGUAGUCUGGGUGCCUAUAGUGGUCCUUUAAAUGUGUGCAUGUUUUCAUUGGGGUGUAUCUACUAAACAGUGAUUUUUUAUUUAUAUAGAAUUAUAUUUUUAUUUGGUCAGUGGAGUGUUACUCUAACAUUUUUAAACACCUUCAGAUUUGGAUUUCAUUGAUUCCAUUGAGAAAGCUGCCAUUUGGAACUCAGACACAGUAAUAUGUCUGAUCCCUGGGAUAGGCAGCCAAUGAUAACUGACCAUUUCAUUCUUGGAGCAUUAUGAGAACUAUGCAGUAGCUGGCUAUGGCAUAUGAUUGGCUUUCUUUAAAAUUAAUGAACCGUACAAGACCAUUGUUUUUGUUCAGCAAACCGGCACUGGUUGUAUCUUUCUGGGUGCUCUUAACAGGUUUGUUUUUUGUUAAUCUCUGUUGUAAUUGUGCUCCUUGUUGGGCUUGUGGUGUGUGUUUUUUUUUUUCCUGUCUCAACACUUGCUUUUCACACAUCUCAGAUACGUUUUAACCUUUUUGAACCCAUUAUUUAGGAUUGCUGCAGCCUCAUUUAGAGAGGGUUGCAAUCGAGGCCCUCCAGCUCUGUUGUUUGCUUCUUCCACCUGCAAACCGAAGAAAACUUCAGCUACUUAUGCGAAUGAUUUCACGUAUGAGUCAGAACGUGGACAUGCCACGGCUUCAUGAUGCCAUGGGAACCAGAUCCCUUGUAAGUAAAAAGCCGCAACAUUGCAUUCUGGGAGUAUGGUGUUAAUGGAGAAAAGGCCCAUUUGCAAUUUUAAAGUAAUCCAGAAAUUAUAACCAUGAAUCCUUUUAAUAGAUCAUAAAUGCACGCUUUCUGGACACUGUUUCAGUAACAAACAUAGCUUUGUUUUAUCCCAUAUACUGUUGUAUUCAAAGUGUAUGAAGCUCUUAUAAUAGAUAUUUGACAUUUCAAUUCAUUCAUGAAAGAACUUUUUUUUUUUUUUAUUCUGCCCGUGUUUUAUAUCCUUGCUAGAAGUCUCAUAUUCUGUUGUAUGCAGAGUAUGUAUAUUGCAUAAAUAUAAAUUAUUGUUUUGGGCUUGUUUCCCACUCUUUUCUACUGUCAAAAUAAAAUCCCAUAACUCCGUAAAUGAGUCCUAAAAAUAGGUGAAGCAUAGAGAGAUUAGAGGUUGUUAGUCUGCUCAGCCACUAAAUUCUCCUGUUCUUCUAUCACCAGUUUAUUCUAGACUGUCUACAAAACUUUUGAUUAUCUUCUUGGCCAUGUGUGACCUUGUGGGUUUUUGUGUUUGUUUUUUUUCCCCUUCAGAUGAUCCAAACUUUCUCCCGCUGUGUGUUGUGCUGUGCUGAGGAGGUGGAUCUGGAUGAAUUACUUGCUACGAGAUUGGUUUCUUUCCUUCUGGAUCAUCACCAAGAUGUCCUUCAAGUUCCAUGUUACCUACAGACUGCUGUUCUCGAUCACAUGCAGUAUCUACGCCAGGCACAUGUAUGCUAAGUCUUUGAUUCUGGGCUCUGUAGGCCUUGAACUCUAACUAUAUUACUACUCAGUAAAAAACAAAUGCAAGUCCACAUUUUAUUUAUAUUUUUUAGUUAUUGGUCAUUCACUGGCCUUUAUUUUGCAGGUGAAGGUUGCAGAUGGCGUACCUGCCUACUAUUUUUGUAAGCAGAUCAGUAAACAAGAAUUUGAGGCUCAGAGACUUACCACGUCACAAGCUGCCAUUGAAGAACUUCUAGAGAACAUUAUUAAGGACCGAAAUCUGUCUGUUAAAGACAAAAAGAAAAAGCUCAGACAGGUUGGGAACCUUAUUUUUAGUUCUUACUAUUUUGUGUGUGUGUGUAUGUAACUUGUCUCUUGACUGACUGGUGUAAUGUGCAUUUCCAAGUUCAAUGUGUGUGUGUGUAUAUAUAUAUAUAUAUAUAUAUAUAUAUAUAACAUACAUACAGGGUUUCCUUGCACUCACGCUUGUAAAUAGUUGUAAGCCGGGUGCUUGUAAUCCAGGGAAAAAUUGCAUAUGGUGAAAUAGUGAUCAGCACUCUCGGUCUUUUGUUGAGUUUAAAACUUACAGUUUAUUGAAAUUCCAUUUAAAAGAUCAACGUUUCAGUUCCUAUCUGGAACUUUCAUCAGGAUCAAACAUAUAAAACAAUGCAAAACAUUACAUUUAUAUACCUCAAGUAUUAGUGAAAUUAAAUCAAUAAUGACUUACCCCUGUGCUCAGAGUGAUGGGUGUGUUCCCCUGGCGUCCACCAUACCCCCGUGCGCAUGCGCGGACGUGGCCCCGCCCCUACGUGUGCGUGAUGACGUCACGCGUUGCCGCGGCAACGCUAGAGUCACAUGGGAAGAAACAGGAAGUGACUGAUAGUGAAUAGCAUGUAUCUCCGGUUGCUAUGGCAACCCGGCAUUGUAACUACAAAGUUAUACAUUCAAUUAGUAUUCACAAGUGCUAGUCCAAUCUUCCUGGUACUAGAAAAUAAUGAAAAAUGAAAAUGAAAGGUUUAUGAAAAUACACAGUGAUACUAAUGUGUAUAAAAAGUGUAAAAAAAGUUAUAUAUAUUCAUAACUAUAGAUAUUGGUUAAAACCCUAAUUCUGGCAAGUAAAUACUAGCCUUAAAGUGCCAAUAUGUGAUAAAGUACUGAGGACCAGUACAAUUAUACUGGAAAUAAAGUGCAUAUGAAAAAGUGCUAAAGUGAUAAUAAAGUGCUAACAGUGAUGUGCUAUUACUUAUAAUAAGAAAGUGCUAUCCAGUGCAACUAUAAUAAAUGGCAAUUCUAUAUCAAUAGAUAGUUCUUUGGUAUAAAAAUAUAUCAAAGUAUUAAGGGCUUAGAGGUAUUGAUUUACACAUAAAAAACAUCUUAAAAAGUAUCAUAAUUAUCAUAAAAACAAAAUUCCUAUUGCUUUUGGGGUCAUAACUAAAGAAAUGAAUGAUAAGAAAGCAUCUCAUUGAGCACCUCUAGGUGCAAUCGUGUUCAAUUGGAAAAUCCAUUCUGUCUCGCUAUUAAGGAGCAUUUUGCCGCGGUCCCCUCCUCGCCUGGGUAUUGGGAUAUGAUCUAUUGCGAUAAACUUCAAAGAGGAAAGUGGAUGUUUCAUUUCAAGAAAAUGUUGUGCCACAGGUUGUUCUGAAUGUCCAUCCCUGAAAGCCACCCGUAUUGCUGAUCUGUGUCCCCGUAUUCUUUCACAUAGUGGGGUUUCAGUUUUGCCAAUGUAGGCUAACCCGCAUGGACACAUUAACUUAUAAAUCACAAAAGGUGUUUUACAUGUAAUUGUGUGUUUUAUCUUAAACACCUUAUUCUUAUGUGGAUGUUGAAAGGAUUUAGCCGGGGUCAUGUGGCUACACGUGACGCAUCGGACACUGCCUCGGUAUUGAAUAUCAGUUCCCUGAUUAUAACUGUUGAUAGGAUCUGUAUGUACCAACAUAUCUUUUAGUGUUUUGUUUCUCUUGAAACUGAUCAAUGGAUGUUCUUUAAAAACUUUAGGCAAAGUGUCGUCCGUUGCUAGCAUCUUCCAAUUUUGUUUGAUAAUUUUGACUAUUUUGGGUGAAGCGUCAUUGUACGCCAUUGGAAAUACCAAAGACGGUGGUUUUUUAGUACGUAUGGCGGUAUUGGCCAUUUGCGCAUCUUGUUGUGCUUUUAACAGUUCCUGUCUAUAAUAACCUCUUUCAAGGAAUUUUUGAUUCAUCUCUUCCAACUGUUGUUGCAUCUUGAGUUGAUCUGAAUUAUUACGUAUAACUCUUAAGAAUUGUGCCUUAGGAAGCGAUUUUUUUCAACAUUUUUGGAUGUGCACUUUUAUUGUGCAACAAUGUGUUCCGAUCGGUAUCUUUUCUAUAUAGACAGUAAGAUACUCCAUGUUCUUUAACAGAUAUCUCUAAAUCCAGAAAUUGAAUCAUAUUUGUACUAAUAUUGGACGUAAACCUGACUGGAGUAUUAAGUUCAUUCAAAUAGUGAACCAUUUGCUGAGCUUCCAAUUCAGUGCCCUUCCAAAGGAUCAACAAAUCGUCAAUGUAACGAAAAUACGCAGUGAUCAGAUGAUUAAAUUUGGAAAAGAUGUGUUCUUUCUCAUAAAUAUGCAUAUAGGAAUUGGCAUACAUUGGGGCCAUCGCUGCCCCCAUAGAGGUGCCCGCUACUUGUAGGAACCAGUCAUCUUCAAAUCUGAAAUAAUUUUGUUGGAGAGUUAAGGACAAUAAUUCAAAGACAAAUUCGAUUGGAGGUCCCACAUAUGAAGUAGCCAUGCUUAAAAUUUGUCUCAUGGCUUCUAUCCCCUCCUGGUGUGGAAUAAUUGUAUAUAGAUUACUCACGUCCAUGGUGAUUAGAAUAAUGGGUUCCUCGCCAAAGUCUAAUGUAUCCAAUUUCCUUAUCAAGGUCGGUGUAUCCUUGAUACAAUUCUGUAUCUCUGCAAUGGGUGCUUGGAAUAGAGAAUCCAGCCAUUUCGCAAUCGGUUCUAAGAUCCCUCCUAUUGCUGAUACUAUCGGUCUCCCUGGAGGCUUAAUGGGAUUCUUGUGUAUCUUUGGUAUAGUGUAAAGAAUUGGAGUCUUUGGAUUCUUUUUCAAUAGGUAGUUAUAGAGUUGAAGAUCUAUGUGUCCUGCUUCCAGUCCCAAAAACAGAGUAUUCUCUAUAGUUGUUGCUAUUUUCUUAGUCGGAUCACCUUGUAAAUGUAAGUAUACUGUAGCAUCUUGUAUUGCCGUCUGAUUUCCCCAGCAUAAUCCUUGUAAUCCAUGAUUACAAUGCCUCCCCCUUUAUCAGCAGAUCUAAUGGCAAUCGUGGGGUCCUCUGACAAGUUUUUGAUGAUUUUCAUCUGUGAAAUAGAAACAUUUCUCCUGAGUACUUUGUGAUUGCGUAUAUUUAUUAUUAUAUUUUAGAAUAUUGAUGCAAUGUAAUAUUGUUUGGAAUUAUUAUUGAAACGCAAGAAUAAACGGGGAUCCGGUUAUUUUUAGUUUUCGAUUAAAACUUUAGGUCCUGGUAUAUUAAUGGUCAUUGAGAACUGUGUAAAUGCAAACUGGGAUAAGUAGAUGUAAAGUUAAGGGUUGGUGUUUUAUUGAGGUGUGUGUGUGUGUGUGUGUGUGUAUAAAUAAAAAAUAAAAAAAAUUUUGUUGUGCUAAUUCAAUGUAUAUUGGUUAGCAUGUGUUGAAGUCACUGUACCAGUUCAUGUGGAAAAAAAUGUAUGAGUGGUUUUACGUUUUGGUGUUUCCAGUUAUGAGAAUACGGGAAUAAUUUUUAUUUUUUUAAAUUAUUGUAAAAUGUUGUACUGUUUCAGUUCCAGAAAGAAUAUCCUGAGAUCUAUCACAGCCGUUUCCCAACCACAGAAAGUGAAGCUAAACUCUUUGAACACAAACCUACAAUCAAGCAACCAAUGUUGGUUUUGAAGAAACCAAAGUUCCGUAGCAUAAGAUACUGA